AUGGGUAGUCAUGAUGAACCAAACUUGGAGGGACUCUCCCUUCUGGAUGAUGGUGAUGAAGGGUUUUGUUUUGACAUUGGAGAUGACGACGGAAGUACGGGGGAUUUACAGUUUUGUUUGGUAGGAAGAUUCUUGAGUGACAGACCAAUUCACGUGAAGUCAAUGAAGGCUCGCAUGGCAGAUAUCUGGAGGCCCGUUAAAAAAGUCAUGAUUAAGGAAGCCAUGGAUGAUCGCAUUCUGUUUCAAUUUAGUCACCAGUUGGACAUGGAGGCGGCAUUGAAAGGAGGUCCAUGGUCUUAUGAUAAUCAUCUUCUGGUUAUUGAGAAAGUACAAGUGGGUGUGCAGAUCGAAAAUAUUCCGCUAUUUCAUGUGGAGUUCUGGGUGCAAGUCCAUAAUCUGCCGGCUGGUCUAAUGCUAGAAAAAGUGGGAAGGACAAUGGCAAAUUUUAUUGGAUCUUUUGUUGAGUAUGACAAAAAUAACAACUCAAGUUUCUGGCGUCAAUAUAUGCGUCUGAGGGUUAAGAUCGAUGUUCGCUUGCCAUUAAAGACGCAUACCCGUGUGAAAAACAAGGGUGGGGAGUGGUGCACUGUCAAAUUUAAGUUUGAAAAGUUGAGUAUAUUCUGUUUUGUAAGUGGUAUUCUUGGGCAUACUGAACAAAGGUGCGCUGUCCGUUUUGCUAUGGAAGAAGAUCCGGGUGUUAGGGGAUGGUCAGCUGAAUUAAGACCUGAAAAUAGGAAGUUUGUAGGGGGUACAUCACGGUGGCUACAGGAAGAAGAAGGUGGAAAAAAAUUUGACUCCCCGGCGCGUAUGAAUCAAUCGCCUGUUGUAGGAAGUGGAGGUGAGGAGGUUCCUGUGGAGGUCCCACAUGGGGAGCACGUAGGCGACAUCUCUGGUACAUGA